AUGCGGGGAUCGUUUCGCCAUGUGACAGAUAUUAUUACUAGUACUCUGGGCAAUCAUACGUAUGAGAAGUCUAAUGGCUUUUACAAGGACGAUGUCUCUGCCCAGGAGUCACUCGUAGGAGGGUUUGAGUGGAAAGGUUGCAAUUCCGAAUAUGUUCUGAUCCUCGAUAAUGUCGGUCGGGGUACUGUUAAAUGGUGGUACCAACGAAGGACCUUGGCUCAAUAUGCAUGUAUUGCGGGUCUCGGGCUUUACACUUUCUAUAACGCCAAGUCUCCCAAAGUUCGUGCUGCUGCACUUGGACUCUUGUUCCCUGGAGCCGGCCUGGUUGGGGUAUUCACCAUUCCUUCGCUUCUGGCAUUUGUUGUCUCUACUGCGGCUAUCCCAGUUUGCUUAUUUGCCUGGUUCGGCGCUGGUGGCAUCUUGUUCCCCAUCCUUCUUUGGUCCUCAACUGCAGGUCUUGCUGCGUCACUUGCUCGCAGCUCUCUUCUGGAGAUUGCAGCUCCACUUUGGACGGCUGUAUGCGCUAUCGGAAUCGCAUACAUCGCACAGCAAACGCUUGCCGCGAACCGCCAGGCUAGCAAGAAACGAGAACUUCGAAACCAAUACCUCAUCGGCUCUGUCCAAGAAAGCCAAGCUGGUGCGAAAGUGUCUAAGCCUGGUUCUCGAGAACUCGACCUUCGCAUGCUCCGUUUCGUGCAAUGGGAACUCGAGGUCGGACUGGCGGGUAUGGACGACUUCUCGCAUCAUGACAUUAUCGAUCAGUUCCAAACAUCAGCUAUCCGGUAUCAGUUGUACGGCACCCAAAAUGAUCUCGGUAUGUACCAAUACAUUUACGCGCCAAAUUUCCACGGCUAUCUUAGUAAAGCCCAACGGAACUGCAUCGAGAAAUCCCUUACUGAACGUGUCGUUGGAUUCUGGAAAUGGGAGAGCAUGUGGGGAAAGUUCAAUGCUCAUGACUGGGAUCCGAUAGUCAAGGACGACAUCAUGGUCUCCGGGUACGUUCUCCAGGCCGUCGGUAUCUACCAAUCAAACACGGGAGAUGAGCGAUACACGGAGCCAGGCUCGCUAGAGUUUCACGUAAGCAAGAAUGCAAAGUUCAAGUAUGAUUUUGGGAAGAUUGCGAAAGCGUUAGAGAGAAACUUCAACGAGGCGGCAUAUUGCUUGUUUCCGUGUGAGCCGAAUUGGAUUUAUACUAUGUGCAACCUCGUUGGCAUUAGUGGUAUGCUUCUUGCAGACCGCCUUCUCGGGAUGCCAUAUGCGAGGGAAGUCAAGGAGCGAUUCCAGAAAGCGCUUGAGGAAGAAUUCACGACUCAAGACGGAACAAUUCUUCCCAUCCGCAGUGAGCUGACCGGUUUUACAAUCCCCGGCCUCGCCGGCGCCCUAGCAGACGGGGUAAACUCCAUCCUCUGCGCUGCCUACCUCCCUCACAUUGCGCACCGUAACUGGGCCUUUACCAAAAACGAAUCCAUCAAAUGGACACCCCAUAACACCAUCUCCCUUCAAAACCUGGUCGGCGCGGACAAAAUCGACGCUGGUAACUACAAAGCCGGCGAAGGUGCCAUCCGCGCCACUUUCGCCGCCGCGGCAACUGAAUUCGGCGAUGAGCGUAUCAGCAAGGAGCUGCUAAGACAGCUAGAUGAAGAAUACCACCCCGUUAUUGAGAUGAAGUCCGGCGCGCUGAAGAACCAGGGACUUUCGACGUUGAGCCAAGGCGCUGCAACGCGGGCACGGAUUGGUGGGUAUCAGGACUGGGUUAACAUGAUUACCAAGGGUCCGGAGGAGAGCGUGAAGAGAGGUCCGAUUUUAGAUGAGGUGCCGUACCCGGAAGUGCUGGUUGGGAAGUGUUAUUCGCAUGACGGGGAGGGGUUGGAGAUUGUUCUGUAUCCUGGGAGGAAGACUGCACAAUUUGAGCUCGGGUUUAGGAAUUUGAAGCCGGGGGUGGAGUAUAGCUUGGGUGGAGAGAGGAAGGUUGCGGGGGAUGAUGGGAGGGCGACUUGGAAGGUUGAGGUUGAUGGACGGACGGCGUUGGAUCUGGUGUUGAUGAAGUGA